GUGUCACUAGAAGUAGAUGGACUGCUGUUGCCAAAAGAGUUCAUGGUGAGGUUUGAUGAACUGCGACUGUUUUCAGAUGCGAAGAUCACCAAGACACAGCGUGGGACUUUUUUCACACUGCCUGAUCAAGUACCAUCACAAGGAUUCCUGGAUAGCUUGGCUGAGUUCGAAACUUUGCAUGAAUCCACAUGUGACAUGAGGGCCUGGAUCCCUGGUCAAGGUUGCGUUGCAGUUUACCAAAUGUAUCCAAUCGACAUUCCCCAUGCCCAGGCCACGCAGGAAGUUUGUGCCUCUGCAAUUUCAGUGCCAUCAUCACCAUCAUCCACAGUGCAUUCGACCAUGCCUUUUGCAGUGUCCCUACCGGCCAAAUUGAUCCUUGAUGAAUUCUCACACACUUUUUGGUUUUCCUCGGAUUUGCCAGCUGCAUGUGUAGAGAUGCCUUGGAAUCAUGUGUAUGAGUGUGUUUUUCCUGACGAAGCUGACACCCAUGCAUGCACGAUGCUUAAGCCACGCAGCCUACCAUUUUCCGAUGACAAUAAGCUGCCUCAGAAUGUGAUUCAGAUCUUGUUGGAUGACCAACUCACCUUGUACACAGUGUCACAUAGCACACCUUUGCUUGCCCAUGACACUAUUGUGCAAUUGGCCCCUGUUGUGCAUGAUCAGUUUGGUGUGCUGAACAUUCAUCAGACUGCUGAUGAACACACUUUGCUCAUUGAUCGCCCAUUGCAACAUGGAACUUUGUGCCUUGCGAGUCCUCACACUGUGCUCAGCUUGCUUGCGGCUUUGGACCUUGUUGACCUCCGAGAGUCUUGGAAUCCAAGGAAUGACUCUUUUGAGCUCACAAUUCAUGGUCAACCUGACGCUGUUCGCAUGGUUGCAGAUUUCUGGCUACAUGCCUUGCAUCCGGAUACCUUGUCCCAUUUUGGACGUACAACACAUGUUGCCCUGGAAGCCCAUGGAGUUAUGCUUGCAUUUCCACCUGCGAAAGCACAUGGAGUUGUCCCACCACAAGCAUUUCGUGUUGCACUGGCCAUUGGAGCCUUUCGAGCUCUGAUUCAGCAAGCUGUUGCGGAAUUCCCUGAUGCAUCGGCCAGACCCUUUGUGCUCAAGUGGUUAGCCAGACCUGUUUGGGAAGGCCAGAUCCCUACCCAAUUCACAGUUAUGCCUGACUCCCCCAUUGCUGACAUGCCACUUUCAGAGCGAAGACAGGCGAUUCUCUUUCAUGCAGUUUUGCAGCUGAAAGGCGGAGGUCAAGGUGCCAAGAAUCAACAGCGUAUCCUUCAACAGACUGCCCUUGCCAGCUAUCUGCUUGAGCACGGAUUUGAGUUGCCAUGGAUUUCACAGGCCGCUGAAGCCAUUCUGCAGAAAUUUUCUUUGGCCAAACUCCAAGCGAUCACAGCAAUGCCUGCGGGUAAUGCCAAGUUGACAUCGAUCAUGACCCUAUGCCGCGAAGCUGACAUCAAAGUUCCUGAGGUUGUCAAACCCACCAGCCGCAAAGACACACCUGGUCUUCCUUGGAACAAACCCAAGAAACGCAGAGGUGGUGAUGCAUUGGAUCCAAAUGAGUUUACAUUGGUUGAAUCCUUUUUCAAGAACCAGGAUGGAACUCCCUGUGUUGCAAUCCCUCUGGUGCGUCCACAAACCACUGGGGUUUGCUUGAUGAAUACAUCGCAGGCGGCACAGUGGCUGCAGACCGAAGAGAAAUUGUCCAGUGAUGAGCUUGCAAUCCUUGUCCUAGGACCACGACCGGAGACCAAGUUGCCUUGCACCGAGCUGUCCGUUCCAUGCCACAAUCUCGAUGGACAAAUGGUCCUGUUGAAAUGUUUCAUGUUCCAGUUGGGUGUGAAGGAUGUUGUCCACCAGAAAGGUGACCCACAGCAAGUUGAUGCAGCCAAAUGUGUCCUCAUGGCUUUGACACUGUAUCGCCCUGACUUCACGCAGGAUCAAUGGAACGAAGCCACACAGGCGACCUUGCCAUUCAUCAGAAAGCUCCUUGAGGCUGAAGGUCUUGGAGAUGCGGUACUUUCGAUGUGGGGUAGAUCAUUUCGUGCUGACAAAGCUCCCUGCACCCCAUUGCAGGCCAAGACCAUUCAGAUUCACUGUUCAGUUGGACUUGAUCAUGUGCCCAAGUUCCUGGCUCGUUCCGGAUUCAACCACAUAUUUUGCACCCCAAAGCAAUCAUCUGGUCGUUUGUCGAGUGAUUACCGCAUUUUGUGGUUGCAAGGCGAUGCCCAACAAAUUGCUGUUGCCAGUGCCAAGGUACCUUCAUGCUUGGGCAUGGUCCGUGGCCAAAAGACUCUUGGACUUCGGUUCAAAGAUGCUGACUUUGACAAAGCAUGGGACGUUUUAUGCCCCCAAAUGCCACGGCCUCACAAGCUCCAAGGCGAUCUUAUCUUCAAGGCUGAAGGGCUCCCCUUUGGGACCACUUUUGACAUGAUGCAGCAAUGGGCCCAAAAGAUUGGAUGGCAGUGUCAGCCAGUUCGAACCUUGGGGCCUCAGGCAAUGCUCCUUAGAUCAGACAGUCAUCCUCCGGCUGGAGUGCUCAUGUUUAAUGCCUCUCCGAUUUUGGUUCGAUUUCUUCCUCCAAAGCCAGCUGCCAACACAGCCCUAUUGGUUGGGCCUCGAGCCACCAAAGCCAAACCACAGAGCAUGGACUCUGGUGACAUUGGAGAUCCAUGGGCAGCUUACAAGGGGCCACGCCCAACACCGCCUGCUGCCAUGCCUGUCCGUUCGGCUGAUGGACCAACGGAAUCCAGAUUAGCAGCCCAAGAUCAGAAAUUGCAGGCCAUUGAGGUCUCAAUGGAAGGCAUCAAACAUGAUCUCGAUCGUGCCCUCCACACUGCAUUUCAGAAAAACACAGCUGUUAUGGAGGAGAGGAUGGCAGAACUCAAGCACUUGUUAGGCCAAUAUGCUGAGUUGAUCCAGGAAUGUGCCCUGGAUGUUUUCAGCGCUUCCGAAACGGCAGCGACCAAAGCUGCCCAGCGUCAAUUUGCAACAGCCAUGAGACAUGUUGGUUUUCGAUCCAAGUGGUCAGUGCCCCUGGCAGACCGAGUUGUCAGAAGCGAUGGACAACCCUCCUUGCGAGGGAAGGCAUCCGGUGUGGGCCUCUUUUCAUCAUGGCCUAUCAGAACUCUUUCAGAUACCAUUGACGAGUUUCAUGCUGCCACUUCUAGACUUGGCCAUUUUCUUUUGGAAAUUGAUAAGUUUCAACUCCAAAUUGUGGUCAUUUACGGCAAUGCCAUGUCCGGGUCGGUAAGAGCCAAUCAACUGUUGCUUCAGGCUGCUUUGAAUGCUACUUCACACUUUGACUUGCCAUAUGUCAUCAUGGGAGACUAUAAUGCUGACCCUUACAGUCUGCUGCCAGAUGAGUUGCGAGACCGUCGCUGUCAGCCUCGUCAGCCCCAAGCUGUCCCAAAGAAGUUGCUGACCAAACCUGGUCGUCCUGGGGACUACUCACCACCUGGUGAGAUCAUCCGCAGGGUCACUCAGGCUCGUAUCAAGCAAGUGCGGCGUGUUCAAUCCUUGUACAGGCGAGUAACCAAAGCCCAAACGUAUCACCCCACUGCCAAUGUUCAAAGUGAGAUGCAGCAGGAAUGGAAUGCCAUUUUGCGUUGCAAAGCUUUUGAUGGAUGUCAGAUUCGCUGGUGCCAGAACAUGCCUGAACUUGGCCCGCCACCCAUGUUUGUGCCACAGGUUGACUACUUGGGUACCAUGCUCCAACUGCUUCGAUAUCAGACAGACAUGGAUGUUGCCUUUGAUAGGAAAAUCCAUAAGGAUCGAUUGACUUUCGCUCAGGACCUUGACCAGCGAUUUGCAGGCCAUAGGGCAGCCUUUGCAUCGGUUCGAGAGUUCUCCAUGCCACCUUUGCUUGAAAUGCAAAAGCAGCUUGCAGAAGAUGCCAUUCUUGUGCCUCAUGCUGAUGAUCAUGUCAUUGCAUACUGUGACCAUGCUGAUCUUUUUGAUCUUGCCGCCCCUGUCAUGGUCCAUGAUGUUCCAUGUAGAAUUGUCAGUCGAGAUGAAUAUUCUCUGCAGCUGAAAUGGCCACGACACCAAGAUGUCCCGGAGCAGUCAGUACUCACCCAAACCUUGACCAAGGCUGACCCUUGCUCUAUGCUUGCCAUGCUUAAGGACUUUUGGUUACCUAUAUGGUAUCGCCCUGAUCCACCGGCUGAAGCUGCUGAAGCUUUCCAACAGUUUGUUGCGAGCCUGCCAGUUGAGCUGCCAGCCCCGGCCAUUGACAUGCAAGACGCACAGAUGUGGAAGCUUGCGGUUCGGGAACUUAAGGUCCCUUCUGCACGUGGCAUUGAUGCCAUAUCAUCUCAAGAGCUUAAGCAGCUUCCAGAUGCAGCCAUUUCCCAGGUGGCCUCCAUCAUCAAUGCUCAGGAACAUGGUUUUCCUUCAUGGCUUAUGACAGCCAUCACGGUGGCAAUACCCAAGGUUGCAUCGGUCCCGGUGAACCAUGGCUGUCCCGAAGGGGAUAGCUGGAGUGUUGUCAGUAUCCUUGCCCUUGCUUACGUCUGGAUCCGACUUGCCAAGAGGGCUCACCCUGAGGCUGCUGCAGUCCCUCGCUGCCAGAAUGCCAUGGACCUUGGAGCUCAAAUGACAUACCAAGGAGUUCCUAACUUGGGCAAAUUUCGUGCUAGGACUCAAGGGCCUCAGACCAUUUACAGGUCUGAGUUCCUGGCUGUGCUGACAGAAAUCUUUGCGGAGUUGACUCAAUUCCAACAUCAUCUGCAGCGGCUUUUUCAGAUGUUUUUGGACUUGCGUGUUCACUAUGCUAAGUCUGCGGAGCUACAGAAGGAGACUGAGUUGCACUCAGAGCUCCGACCUGACACUGGCCCCUCUCCCCUGGAGGUGCUUGCCAAUUGGUCUUUUGAUGAG